AUGGGUGUCAAGUCGCUAUGGGAGCUCCUCACACCAGUCGGGCGCCCCGUCAUGCUUGAGACCAUGGAGGGCAAGGCAAUGGCCAUCGACUCCAGUAUCUGGAUAUACCAGUUCCAAGCCACGAUGCGUGAUAAAGAAGGCCGCGGUCUGGUCAACGCGCACGUCGUCGGUUUCCUGCGCCGCAUCUGCAAGCUCAUGUACUACGGGAUCAAGCCCGUGUUCGUGUUCGACGGAGGCGCUCCGGCCUUGAAGCGCAGUACUCUGACAGAGCGUAAGAACAAGAAGAACGGAGCGGCCGCGAGUCACCAGCAGAUCGCCGAGAAGCUAUUGGCUGCGCAGAUGAGGAGGGAGGUUGUCAACCAGGCUCAAGCGCACGCUUCGAAAGGGAAGGGCAAGGCACCUGCCGGACCGAUCACCGUGGACGAAGAUACAGUCUACCUCGAAGAUAUAGAUCCUACGAUAUCCAAAACUCCCGCGAAAGCCAAACAGCCGCAGACCGACAAGACGGUCGAACAAAUCUCCCCACCUUCCACCUCUAAGAAGACCCGAUGGCAGGACCACGAUCCUUACCGCCUCCCAGACAUCGACAUGGGCGCGACCAUCGCCAAAGCGACCAACUCCGCCGCUCCCGACCCGCGACUCGCGACGGAGGAAGAGCUCCAAGCGUUCAUCGACGAGAUGCGGCCCGAGGACCUGGACGUGACCUCGCCCGCCUUCCGCGAGCUCCCGACGGAGGUCCAGUACGAGAUCAUCGGCGACCUCCGGCUCAAAUCGCGCCAGACGUCGUACAAGCGCCUGCAGAGCAUGCUCCGCAACGCGCGCACCUCGCUCGACUUCUCCAAGGAGCAGAUCAAGAACCUGAAGCUGCGGAACGCGCUCACGCAGCAGCUGCUCGUCACGACUGACACGAUCGGCAAGGCGAACAUCACCAUCCCCGUCCGGAUCGCGGCCGAGCGUAAUAGGCAGUACGUCCUCGUCAAGAACGACGCCGACAAGGGCGGAGGGUGGAUACUAGGCAGGCGGGACGAGGGCACGAUCGACAAGCCGAUCCAGAUAGACGCCGACGAGCCAGACGACCGUGUUAGUAGCGACGUCGACGCGGAGGAAGACGAAGACUCGGAUAUGGACAUGGAACCGGUACCUAUACCAGCCCCACCUCAGAUGGAUCCUGACCUGCGAGACCUGCGACGAGGCCAGGCGCUCACAGCCAUUGCUCGACGUGACACCUCGAAGAAGCUCGCUCCUUUAAGGACACAACCGAGACCGAAGGCGACCAAAACACCCCAACCUUUAUUUCAGCCGGAGCCUGAUGAUGAUGCUACCCCUGAACAACUGGAACCAUCUGAGGAUGAGGACGACGACAUGGAGCUCAUAGCGGCGCUGGAACAAUCCGCUGCAGAUGCCGAAGAACUCGAGUUGCAACGCGCUAUCGAAGCCUCCACGUCCGCGAUGCCCCAAACGCCAGCGAAGCCGAGUUCAUCAGAGGCUCACAUCUCGCCUCCUCGCAAUGCGCCGCACCGCGACGACGACGACGACGACGACGACGACGAUCUGUACGCGACCCCUAACCGGUUGGAGACCGCACUCGCCAUCGGAGGCGCCGCUCCACGCCGAUUCUCUGCUCAGGAGUCAGCGCGGAAGACCGUACGGCUCAACACGGCCACUUCUUCCUCAUUCGGUACCCCCUCUCUCCUGCUCGACGAGGGGCCCAGCGCGACCGCCACUCCGACCAUCAAUCUCGAUGAUUCCGACGAUGACAUGGAAGAUGUUCUACCCAGACGGCCGUCGAUCUCAGCGCAAGUCUCUAGCAUCUCGACCGCGACCUCGGCCCCUGAGUCGGUGACCGUAUCGGAGGAUGAAGAUGACAUGGAGGACGUUACACCGCUACCGGACGUUAGUCCAAGGUCGCAGAAUGACGAAGACCCCGAGCACUGGUCAAGAACGCCAUCGCCGGGGCGAGGGACUAAUGAAGCCUUGGACCGGCCGCGGGAUGACGAAACGUGGGACGCCGCGCAGGAGAUGGACCCGCAGGCUGAAGAAGGUGACUUCUUGAACUUCGUGUCCCAGGUCAAGGGCAAGGACCUGAGCGCCGUACGGAAGGAGAUCGACGAGGAAAUCCGCGUUCUCAACCAGCAAAGGAAGGCGGCGAUGCGAGACUCCGAGGAGAUUACGCACCAGAUGGUGGCCCAAAUCAUGACCAUGCUACGACUUUUCGGCAUUCCGUACAUCACCGCGCCGAUGGAAGCCGAAGCCCAAUGUGCGACCCUCAACGAGCUCGGCCUGGUGGACGGCAUAAUCACCGACGACUCGGACGUCUUCCUUUUUGGAGGUAAACGCGUGCUGAAGAACAUGUUUAAUCAGUCCAAAACGGUCGAAUGCUUUCUCCUCCCGGACCUCGCGCGUGAACUAGGACUGGACCGCGAUACCCUCAUCCGCCUCGCAUAUCUUCUGGGGAGCGAUUACACGGAGGGCCUGCCUGGCGUCGGACCGGUGGUAGCCAUGGAGCUCCUGAAAGAGUUCCAGGGCGAAGACGGCCUCCACAAAUUCAAGGACUGGUGGCGCAAGGUGCAGAUGGGCAGAGACCGCGAGGCGGACACCAGCACCAAGUUCCGCAAGCGCUUCAAGAAAAGAUUUAAGGACGUGUUGCAUCUGAACGACGAUUGGCCGAACGGGGCGGUUCGGGAUGCAUAUUAUCACCCGACCGUGGACGAAUCAGAAGAGCCAUUCAAAUGGGGUCUUCCCGACCUUGAUGCGCUACGCGGAUUCCUGUACGACGAGUUGGGGUGGGGCCAAACGAAAGUUGACGAGCUUCUGCUUCCGAUCAUCCACAAAGUGACCAAACGCGGCCAGGCGGCGGCGCGUAAUCAGCAAGGGACGCUCAACGAGUUCCUGGACAUCUCCGGCACGGGAAGCCACGCGCCCAGGAAGCGACAGGCGUACGCGAGCAAGCGUCUCCAGCAGGUUGUCUCCGAGUUUCGCACCGAACAGGCCAGGCGCAGAGCCGGUGGUGGCAGUGGCGAUGACCCUGACUCUGGCUCGGAGGGUAUUGAUGCGACACGCAAGCGAAAGACGAAUACAGGGAACGCGGAAAACAAGCGGGGUGCAACGAAGGGUAAGAUCGCAAAAUCCCGUGGCCGAGGCGGAGCUUCGACGUCGAGGAAGCGGAAGGUGAGGACGAGCGACGACGAAGAUGAAUAUCAUGACUUCGCUUCAGGUGUCGCUGCACCGGCACCUGAACCCCCGAAACGGAGGCCUCGUCCUCGACCAGUCAACAAACGCAAAGCGGCGAACUCGGAGGAGCCGGAGGAGUGA